CUAUCAAAAGAGAAGAACGCGGCUACAUAAUGGAUUCUCAAACUGACAGACCACUCAUUGAUGUACCACGGAUCAUCUCAGUGAUAAACACGAAGUUUGGAGGAUUAGGCAGUAUGUCAUGUGUGAGUGAUGAAAAACUGUGGACACGUGGUGCCGAAAACAUAGUGAGACUCUACAAUCUGCAGGGGGACCUAGUGGAGUCAGUUCAAACCAAGUCAGGGAACCACCCACGGAACAUAGCAGUAACAAGGAGUGGGAAUCUAGUUUAUACGGAUUACAAUGAAAGAACUGUGAAUAUCGGGGAUAAUUCACAGAUACAGACAGUAAUCAGACUACAGGGGUGGAGACCUAGCGGUGUCUGUAGUACCUCCUCUGAUGACCUCCUGGUUGUCAUGGACAUUGAUGAUGCUGCUGCUGCUAAACAAACACAAGUUGUUCGUUACUCUGGGUUCACAGUUACACAAAGUAUUCAGUACGCUGACAACGGUCAACCUCUCUAUUCAUCGGAUGGAUUACUAACAAAUUACAUAUGUGAAAACAGAAACCUAGAUAUCUGUGUGUCAGACCGUGGAGCCGGUGCAGUAGUGGUGGUCAAUCAGGCCGGGAAACUCCGCUUUACCUACAUUGGUCCUCCCUCUACUACCAAGGGAUCAUUUGCUCCAGCUGGCAUCACAACAGACAGCCAGGGUCGGAUCCUGACAGCAGACAAUGACAACAACCGUAUCCACAUCCUCGAUCAGGACGGACAGUUUCUCCGCUACAUUAACAACUGUGAUUUAAAGAUUCCAUUUCGUUUAUGUGUGGACACCAGAGACAACCUCUUUGUGGCUGAGUGGAACACAGGAAAAGUGAAGAAAAUCCAGUAUUAUAUGUGAGUAAACUGUACAUGAGUAUAAACGAUAAUACACAAACAUAUAAAUAGUGUGUAUAAUACAUUGAAAUAGAUUCUAUGUAAUUAUGACGUUUACAGAUAAAAAGCUACUGCAUCUUUGUUAAAGAAACAAACUGUGUAUACAUUAUAUAUUGCAAAUUUGUGCAUCAUUCAAAGAAUAUUGUGUUGUACAAAGGAAUGUAAUUAAGUUUUAUUUUCAAUAAAUAAAAUUGAUUUGAAUACAGUUAUACGAUUUCUCUGCAAUAAGUUCAUAAGUUUUCAAAGAUUAUUGUACAAA